AUGGAUCUCAACAGCCUGAAAGACACCGUAUCCAACCUGACCUUGUAUGAUAUCAAGGCAGGAGUACGGAAGGUCCAAAAUGCUGUCAUGAACUACACGGAGAUGGAGUCAAAGGUGCGCGAGGCUACCAACAACGAGCCAUGGGGAGCAUCAUCAUCGGUGAUGCAGGAGAUCGCCAAUGGCACCUUUAACUACCAAACCCUCAACGAGAUCAUGCCCAUGAUCUACCGGCGGUUCACAGAGAAGGCAGCCGAGGAAUGGAGACAAAUCUACAAAGCCCUUCAACUGCUCGAGUACCUCAUCAAGCACGGCUCGGAGCGUGUCAUAGACGACGCUCGAUCCCACCUGACCCUCCUGAAGAUGCUGCGACAAUUCCACUUCAUCGACCAAAACGGCAAGGACCAGGGCAUCAACGUGCGGAACCGCGCCAAGGAGCUGACUGACCUCCUCGGCGAUGUUGACCGAAUUCGCUCAGAAAGGAAGAAGGCCCGAGCAAACAAGGCAAAAUACACAGGUGUCGAAGGAGGCGCGGGCUUGGGGGGUGGGUUCUCCAGCGGAAGCAGCAGCCGAUAUGGCGGGUUUGGCAGCGAGAGUGGUGGCUACGGCGGCGGCAACUCUGCGAACUUUGGAGGGUACUCUGGUGGCGUAUAUGGUGAUGGAGGCGGCUUUGGCGGUGAAUCGAGCGACUUCCGAGACACAAGCCGACGAACAGGUGGCGGAGACCAGUUUGAGGAAUACGACGAGUUUGACGGACAUGACAAUCCCGAGCCAGCACGCCGCAAGACAACGGAACGAGCUGGCACCAAGAAGACGACGCCUGCACCCGCACCUGCCGAGCCUCCGAAGAAGAAAGAGCCCGAAGUUGAUCUGUUCUCGUUCGACGAUCCCGCGCCCUCGUCGUCUUCCGCAGCUCCUGCAGCUCCAUCCAACGGCUCUGGUCUUGCCUCGUUGUCUACUACUUCUGCUCCCGCUGCCGCCGCUAACGACGACGACGACUUCGACGACUUUCAGUCUGCCACACCGGCAGGACAGACUUCUGUCCCCCAGUCCUCUGCUUUCGGCAACCCGCUCAUGACAUCGAACGCCUCUGGCGCCACCUUUGCUGCCCCAGCGCCGGUCUCUGCACCAGCCAACCUUACGGACAUGAUGGGUUUCUCGUCCAUGACUCCACCUCCAGCCAGCAGCACGACCACUACUCCCGCGGCGAACUACUCUUCCUUCAGCACUCCUCUCGCGUCGUCCACUACCAUGUCGCCUGCCGCCAACAAGCCUCUGGGCGGUGGUUACCAGCCAUCCGGGCCGAAUUAUUUCACUUCUGUGCAAUCCGCCACUCCUCAGGCGGCCUCGACACCAACCUCCGCGGGCGGCAUGGCGGCCCUCAGACCCACAGGAACUGGGUCAUCGGCGGCCAAGAAGCCUGCCGGUGGUGACGCAUUUGGUGCACUGUGGGCAAACGCAAGCGGGACUGGCAGCAAGAAACAGAGCACGGCAGGUGGACCUGCUCUGGGCCAACUGGCGAAGGAGAAGAGCAGCGCUGGUAUAUGGGGUGCUCCCGCCACGCAGUCGAAGCCAGCGGGGAGCAGCCAACCUUCCGCCAACACUGGAAGCUCAGGGCUGGAUGAUCUACUGGGAUAA